AAAAGUAACCAGAAGACUUCAUUUCCCAAAAGGCACAGCGUCCUCAGUGCAUCAUAGGAAAUGCAGGCCCUACUCAGGGCGCUGGAGGCGGGCCUUCCGGCUCGCGCGGUGCAUGCGUGGAAACUCGUCUUCGGAAGUACUCAAUCCGAAAGAAACCGGAAGCAGGGAAAGCGAUAGCGUACUCUUCCUACGGUGGCCUAAAGGAGCGGCGAAGUCGCCGUAGGAGAAUUUACCAUUUCUGGGUCUCACAGUUGCGAUGUCUUUCAAGAGGGAAGGGGACGACUGGAGUCAGCUCAAUGUGCUCAAAAAACGAAGAGUUGGGGACUUGCUGGCUAGUUACAUCCCGGAGGAUGAGGCGCUGAUGCUGCGGGAUGGACGUUUUGCUUGUGCCAUCUGCCCCCAUCGACCAGUACUGGACACCCUGGCCAUGCUGACUGCCCACCGUGCAGGCAAGAAACAUCUGGCUAGUCUGAAGCUGUUCUAUGGCAAAAAGCAGUCGGGCAAGGGAGCAGAGCAAAAUCCAAAACCGCAGACUGAGCCGAAGACGGAAAGCAGAGCUGAGGCUCCUUUGCUAACCCAGACCCGACUAAUCACCCAGAGUGCUCUACACAGAGCUCCCCACUAUAACAGCUGCUGCCGGAAGAAGAACAGACCAGAAGCCCCGGCUCCCUCUGUCCCCGCUUCUCCUUUGCCAGCAGCAGAGGUCGGACUCCAGAGUUCAGCGACAAGUAGGGAACCCAAACCUAGGGCAGGAUCGCGUGCCAAAGAGUCGGCGGCUCCCCUGGCUUCUGCACCCCUGAGCCCCACAAAACGACGGGCCCUGAACCAUUACCUCACCCUCCGCAGCUCUGGAUGGGUCCCAGAUGGGCGAGGCCGAUGGAUAAAAGAUGAAAAUGUUGAGUUUGACUCUGAUGAGGAAGAACCCCCCGAUCUCCCCUCGGAUGACUAACCCCUUUCCUUGUUUGUUCCACAAAUAAACCUACAGUGGGGUCCUGGGAGCACACUGGCCCUCGAGUCACGUUUCUUGUUCAAUUU